GUCCAUUUUGUUGCAAUCGAGUGUCGGGAGGAGAAGUGGCGGUUAUACGCCUCAUGAUAAAACCACCUUAGCCUCGACGGUGAUGGGUUUGUAGGAAAAAUAGCUUGCUUUGCUUCCUACAUUGUCCGCCGAAGGAUUCCAGAGGCUAAACUUGUAUAUUUUUUGACAAAAGGCUUUUCAACAACCAAGCCUUAAAGAAGUCGGAGCUCGACUUCGCGGAACAAUCGUGUGCCGGGGUGAAUUGAUGUUCAGCUCGGCUUCACGGGAAAACAUCGCUCAUCAUUGGCACAUGAAAACCUCAGACCUUGCUGGACAUAAAUGUGCAGCGAGAAGUAGGCAGAAAACUACUUCGAGGACCUGGGGACCGACUGGUGGAGAGAGAUUAAAGAAGGAUCUCUGCUUCGUCAACAUACUACCAGCAAAGAGGUGACACAUAGUACAGAAACAUGGGAGGUGGCGAGAGGUACAACAUUCCAAUUUCCCACCCUGAAAGGCAAAAGAAGAACCAGCUUGUCAAGGCCAAACAGAGAAGCCGUGACCAGAAUGGAGUCGCUGUCUCAGCAGGAGGAUUAGGGGGCCUUCACAAUCAUGGCCACCGUAGGAGCGACAAAGGCGCAGCCUACCACAGGUCUCCGGAGGCGCGGCAGGCCGUGUCUGCAGACAAAAAUGCCUCCAUGCGUUUUGGCACCAACUACGAUCAGAACUGGGAGGGUGCAGUGUCUCACCUCAACACACUCCUGGCCGCCCAGGGCAGCCCCAGCUAUGCAGGGCCCAAGUUCAGUGAGCCACCAUCACCCAGUGUGCUGCCCAAGCCCCCAAGCCACUGGGUUUCUUUUCCGUCAAGCUCCUUUGAUCACAGGGAGAUGAUGGCUUUCCAGCUCAAGAGUCUACUGAAAGUGCAGGCCUGAGCUACGUCCACACUUCACUUAAAGAGCCAAUAUACAGACUGCGACCCUAUUGAGGUGCUCAUCUGCUUGGAAUGCUUCAGAGCUGUAAUACAUUUGGAUUUUUGGCUGAAAUAUUUGCAAAAGAGGCUUACUCGUGUUUAAAUUUUUAAUGGAAUUUUUAAUUACAGCUCUGCUGCCUUACUUGUCGGUGCAGUCCUUAAUGGAGUCCAUUUCUGUAAUCUGUUAACUGGAUUAAAUGUACUUUUAGUUUUGUUGUUAGUGUUUGCUGUAAAAGCCAACAGAGUGAACCUUUUUCCACAUAAGAAAACAGGGCUUGUAACAUCCGUUAAGUAACAGUCCAUUACUUUUAUAGUCCAUUUCUGUGGACAGACGCCUUUCAUUCGUACAGGUUUUAACGACGAACAUUUGGAGUGAACUCAAACGCUUCAGGUGCUAAAUAACAUGAACAUUUGUAGCAUUUUUUUUAAAGGGCCCCGUAAUUUUCUUGAUGGUUACAUUCCUUGUUUGGAAUAAAGACACUCAAUAGUUCUGCAGGAGAAAAAAAAGCUAUUUUGAGAUAAGUGAGGAAGGAAGAGGUGGCCUCAAAGGGUAAGAGACAAUGGCACAUGGGCCGUAGACCCCAAACUCCUGUAUCCUUUCUUUACUGCGCUGUGCGCACAUGCACUAUGGGAGUUUGGCGUGCCUAAGGUCUGCAACACUCUUAUCAAAGCAUUAUUUUACUUUUGUUUUGGUUGAAAACCGUUUUAAUCUCUGUAACCAAAGCAAUGUGUUGCUGUAUUUCGUUCUUUAUCAACAACCUUGUGGCUUUUUUUCCUCCUAACUUCUUGUUUUUUGCCAGCCCCGUUGGUGAAUGAGAUACAGUCACUUGGCUACUUUCUGUUCCAAUCAGUACUGUUACUGCCUUUAAGCUUCAGGUCUUGUCAGCGCAAGGCAUGCUUCUAAACCUGCGGAAGAGGACCAUGUCAUUGACUUGUCCUGUUUGGCUGCAUGCCUUAGCUUGGGACGAGGUGAGCUAAGGAGGUUUAUUUUGGAGAAGUGGCUUCAGGGGUCCAACGUUAGACGGUCUUUGUGUUUACAAAUUCUGCCUCAGAGACUGACUGUUCAUGGAAGUGUUGUUGCCUGUCUUUUGUCUAACCCCUUGCACUGCAAUCAGACUCUUACCCACAAGCAGCAGAGACGAUUUUGUUGACUUUGUGAUGCAAAAGGACUUUGAUUCUUGUUUUUUUGUGCUUCGGACCUCACUUUAGGAUCUUUUUUCCUUUGCAGAAUGGAAGGUUUUUACAGCCAACAUAAAUAAGACAAAACAAAGAGUUGGUAUUGAAGAGCCAUGUAAAUAAUGUGUAAAGUACUUGUAGCAUAUGUACAUUUACAGGCUGUUUUGAUGCCUGUCUGGCAAAAGUAUUUUUAGUAUUAACACUGAAUGUAUAAGACAUGCUGAAGAUGUCUUAUCUUCAAUGCUGAAGAAUAUUUUUGUUAAAAAAAAUGUUAAAAAUACGGUCUUUACCAUAUGUCAGUACCCUCUGCACUGUCAUCUUCACAGAGGUCUUGCACACAUUUUUUAUUGUUUUGUAUUACAGUUUAAGGUGAUCAGAUGUUGAGUGCCAAUCAAGAAAAAACUGUAACAAAUCAUGAAUUGGAUAAAAAAAAUGAAUUGGAUAAGAAGGAUCUACAUUCAUUCAAAUUUAAAUUAUGAAUGCGUCUAGCCUAAAAACCAAACAAACCCCUGUCUAAAUGGAACAAAGAUGGUGCCUGAGUAAAACCCAUGCUGGAAUAACUUAAAUCCAGGUAAAGAUCACACAAACAAACAGCACACUUCAGCUAUUCUUCCGCUAGCUGAUGGUUCAGUGCUGCUUGUUUCUUGAUCCUCUCCAAAGCCAUGCAUGGUAAAGUAACCCAAAUUUAAGAAUUGGCUGGUUUCCCCUUUUAAAAUAUGUCACUUAAUAUGAAAAAAAUGUGCCCUUUUUAAAGAUUCGUGUCAAUUAGAGUUGAAUAAAUUUAGAAAAAUGUUCUUGAAUUGACUUUUCAAAAGUAUAAAAAAUAAAAUAAAAUUCCCUCCCCUC